AUGCAAGCUGAUGAAAAUGGCCGCAAGGGCUCCCGCCGCCCUGGUUGUGGGGUUGGUCGGUCUGCCGCUUUAGAACAGCUUGCACGUGCAAAGCGAGAAGGCCGGUCUCUCCUCUCGUCAUACAAGGUUGACGAAGGCGAGAUUUUUGAAGAGGUCGAUGAAUCCGUCUACAACUCCAUCGUACAAGGCCGGCUUGCCGAGGCAAACGACUUUGUAGUCGACGACGAUGGCCAAGGAUAUAUGGAAACAGGGCUGGAAAUAUGGGAUCAGCCUUAUGAGGGUCCAUAUUCUAGCGAUGAGGACCAGUUUCUCGAUGGUGAUGAGAACCCUUCAGCCAAGCGGCUCUCUACCACCAAAAAGGCAAUGCGGCAAAAGCGGCUUCKACCGCAGGGCGGCACCUCUAACAAUCUUCAGCGGGCCUUUGCUACAGCAGCCACAACUAAAGCCUCUUUUUCGACUCCCCAAUUGCCAGAAAAAAAUGAUCAAAGCAAUGCCAUUUAUCAAGCUCUUCUCAAAGAAUUUGAUACCGAAGAGGAUGAUGGGCUGCAGCCUUCCACUUUCAGCAACCAGCGGUUUGACUAUCAUGAUUCAUCAGCAUUGCCUGUUGGCCAAGAAGCCCCUCCUUUUAUGGAAUUUACCGAACAAGACAACUAUGACCAAUUAAUGGUUUGCAGAGAAGAGGAUUUUAGCUUCUCAGACCAGACUCCAGAGGUAGCAAACUUUGCAAACAGUUCCGUCAAGGAAGAGACCAUUAAAGAGAGCAGCUCCGAUGUCCAUAUGAUGGAAGAGAAGCCACAACACCUCAACAUCAAAAAAGCGGUUACCUCAUCCACUUGCAAUCGCGAUAAGUUUAUUCCUCUUGUGACGGACCAGCUUUCAAUCGGAACCCGUGCUAGCCUUGCUAACAUAGGCAUGGUGUCUUCCUCCGAUACGACCCCAAAAGGGGUCUCAAGGAUUGUGGAACACACGGAGGCGCCAGAGCUUGAUGGCCAAGAUGUCGGAAUUAAUUUUUACUGGAUCGACGCUUUUGAUCGGCACAAUGGCAGCAUUGUGCUGAUCGGAAAGAUUGCUGUGGCUCCAGGUCGCUUUGCCACUGCUACGAUGACGGUAAAAGGUAUCCAGCGAAAUCUCUUUGUGCUACCGCGGCAACAUGAUCGUGUCACAGGAGCUCCGGUUACAUUUACAGACCUGUAUACAGAAAUCUCGGCGGUCAUGAGUGCCCUACGCGUUUCAAAAUUUGCUUGUAAAAAUGUCCGAAGGCGCUAUGCCUUCGGAAUUGCAGGCAUACCAGCCGAGGCGGAGUGGCUUAAAUUGCGGUAUUCUUUUGAGGACCCAGCAUGGACACGUCGUCCGGAUGCACGUGAGGAAUCUCGAGUGAUCGCACAUGUCUUUGGCGCGACAACACCAGCGCUCGAGCUAUUUAUCAUCAAGAGGCGGUUGAUGGGCCCCUGCUGGAUACGUGUUGCCAAUGUCCGUAUCCAAAAGCGAAAUGCUUCCUGGGUCCGUUGGGAACUUGAAACAGAGUCCCCAAAAAGCGUUACGACCUUGUUGGAAGGUGCCCUGCCGCCCCCAUCCCUGCGAUUGAUAAGUAUCACCUUGAAGAGUUCGCUUGUUGAAGGUGAGCGACGCUCGGAGCGGCGGACAUCCUCAGAACAAACAAUCGUAGCAGCUGCUAUCGUUGCAGCACGCACAGAGAACGAGUUGCCACUUAUUGAGGAGCGUUUUCUUGUAACUGUGGACAAUGGCGUGCCCUCGGCGCCGUUGCCUUCAGGUUGGCGCGGUGAACGCUGCGCUAAUGAGCGCUCCCUUUGCUCGUUUCUGUUGACCCUGAUGCAACGUCUCGAUCCCGAUGUAUUAGUGGGGCAUGAUCUGACAACCUUUGAUCUUCCUCUGCUGGUGGGGCGAUUGAAGGCCCUCAAAAUCGAACGUUGGUCGCGUAUCGGUCGUUUGGCAUUUCGAACGUGGCCUGGCAGUCCAAACCGCGAAGAGCGUCGACGACCACCCAUCGUUGUGGAUGCACCGCCUAGUGACCCUGAAGAUGAAGAGGCUAUCGCCUCUACAACUAUGCCGCGAUUAAUUUAUGGUGAUGUUCUCGCAUUUGCUGGGCGGCUUCUUUGCGACACAAGAAGCGGUGCAAAGGGUAUUGUCAAGUCCCGGUCUUUUUCUUUGAUCGAGCUUUGCCAAACUAUGGGGAUCAGUGUUGACAUUAUGGCUUCUCAUGUGCCACAUCACGAGCCAGUAAGGGGAUCUCCCCCCGCAGGUCUACUUUAUGAACUUGGCACGGAGAGUGAAGCUGCGCUUGAAUUGGCCAUGCGUUUGCGGCUAUUGCCAUUAAGCUUACAAUUAACUGCAAUUGCGGGCAAUCUUUGGGCACACACUCUUUUCAAUGGCGCAAGGGCAGAGCGGAACGAAUAUCUGUUGUUGCACGAGUUUCACGCAGCCAAGUUUGUGCUCCCAGAUAAGUAUCAAGGUGCCAGUGCUUCAGAUGUUCCUGACUUUGAAGCCUCCAAAGUCGGCAGAGGAAGGCGGCGCGCAGCAUAUGCAGGAGGACUGGUGUUGGAACCAAAAGCUGGCCUUUAUGACACAUUUGUGAUUUUGCUUGAUUUUAACUCGCUUUAUCCUUCCAUCAUUCAGGAACAUAACAUCUGUUUUACGACUGCCAAUGUUGAGGCCCCUGAUGCGCCCAAUGGCGCUGAUCAUGGAAAUGGUGCUGCUGGUAAAGCUAGUGACCUUUCUAUCCAACCCGAACCGCAGCCCUCAUCGGUGAUCGGUAUUCUGCCAAGAAUUCUGGGUACAUUGGUAGCCAGGCGUUCUGCUGUUAAAAAGCUUCUACAAAGUUGUGAGAGUACUGAGCGCGCUGCUCUAGAUAUUAGGCAGCAGGCGCUCAAGCUGGCGGCCAAUUCCAUGUAUGGUUGCCUGGGCUUCACAGGCUCACGAUUCUAUGCCAAGUCUUUGGCUGAGCUAGUCACUGCACAUGGGAGAACAUUGCUCGCAUCUACGGUCGAACUUGUGGAAGCAAUGGGGGAAUUGGGGGGCUCCUCAGCUCGCUGCCGUGUUAUUUAUGGCGACACAGACUCCAUCAUGAUUGAAACAGGAUGCACCUCGCUACCUGAGGCACUACGUAUUGGCGCAGCUGUGCGGCGGAGUGUCAACGAGCGUCACCGCUUAAUCGAGAUCGACCUUGAGGCCGUUUUUGCACGUCUAUUGUUACUCAAGAAAAAGAAAUAUGCCGCAUUGCGCUUAAACAGUUUGGAGAACGUAGGGCCCACAACAUACCGCAUUGAGACUAAGGGUCUUGACAUGGUGCGUCGCGAUUGGUGUGGUCUUUCUGUAGAGACUGGCAACUUCGUACUGCAACGGAUUAUGUCACUGACAGAGGGCCGGGAUGAAGUUCUAGGGGCCAUCCACGAACAUCUUGCUGUUAUUGGAGCACAAGUACGCGAGGGACGGAUGCCCCUAGAUGCCUUCGUCAUCCAUAAGAGCCUAACAAAAGACCCACAGGCAUAUGGCGACCCCAGGGCACACCCUCACGUUGUGGUUGCCACACAGCUGCAAAGCAGGGGUAUCUUUUUGCGAGCUGGCGACCAUGUGCCUUUUGUUAUUUGCCGUAGUUCUGGGUCUAAUCCAUCCACACUAAGUGGACGGGCAUAUCACCCAGAUGAUGUGCGGCGCGGGGGCGAGCUUACGCUUGACUAUGAAUGGUAUUUGCAGCAGCAAGUGUUGCCGCCAGUGGUGCGGCUCUGCAAGUGGUUGGAGGGUACUGACGCCUCGCGACUUUCAUUGGCACUGGGACUCGAUAUACCACGACAAGUCGUAAGGUCCUCAUCACAUGGUGAAUUUGAAUCCACGUCACUGCUUUCUUUGGAGGGAAAGAACUUUGAAGAAAUAACAUUGAGCUGUCCAUAUUGCGGCGGUGCAGUUUCGAGUGCAGAGAAUAGCCUUUGCAAUGCCUGCGUACGGGCAAUACCGCCGUUGACACGUGCUGCACAGAUAGCCACCUCCUGUCGACGGGCCAUUGGUGCCUUUUAUAUGGGCUGGCUGCGAUGUGACGAUCCCGGCUGCGGGGCGCGAACGCGUACCAUCUCGGUGUACGAGAAACGGUGUCCCAUUGCUGGAUGCUGUGGCACGCUCCUGCCAGAAAUUAGCGAUCGCUCACUGUAUCUACAAAUGCUCUAUUGGAAAAAGACAGUGCCGACGAUAGAAACGUUGGUCACGCGCAGCGCAUAUCCUGUAGUACAGCUUGGCGAGCUCUUCCGGCGCCUGCAUGCUGCUUAA